GUCAACUUGCAGGUGGUUGCUCUUCUGUCCUCCGUCCUAUAAAUUCCACAUCCAAAAACCUUACAGACCUCUUCUCUUUUCCAUUUUCCUUCAAUCACUCUCUUUUAGGAGAUAUUUUCAUAUAUAGCUCCUGUUCUACAACUGAAAGCUAUAUUCUGUUUCUGAUUUCAUCUGGGUAUUCCUUCUGGGUAACCCAUCAUCCAAAAUCUCCUCCUCCAACGCUCUCUCUCUGUCUUCAUUUUCCUUUCUACCAAACACACUGUUUUUUUCGUUGGGGAAAAAAAAAAGUCAAUCUUAAUGCUAAACAUCCUGUUCUUGAUGUUUGAGAUUCAUGUCUCCAAUUCUGAGUGAAAUCUUUCUUUCCGGGUGUAUGAUAAAUUCCACAUUCAGGCGCAGGACCCAUUUGGUUCAAUCUUUCUCAGUUGUUUUCCUCUACUGGUUGUAUUACGUUUCAUGAUUUCAGCUCUGUUCAAUUAUCUUAUAAUUAAUUAGGCUAUAUAUAAUAAUAAUAGUAAUAAUAAUAAAAUCCUAGUAUUUUAAUUUCUCUGCAAUAUUUUUAGUGUUUUUUGGUGUCUGGGUCCUGCUAUAAUUAAUCUCUCACAUUAAGUUUUAAUCUCUCCAAGCAAAAAAAAAAAAAAAAAAAAAAUCUGCAAAAAAAGCAAAUUUUUCCAUGGCUUCCUCAAGUGGUACAUCUUCAGGGUCAUCAUCUAUGAUUCAGAACUCAGGUUCUGAGGAAGAUUUACAGGCUUUGAUGGAUCAGAGGAAGAGGAAGAGAAUGAUAUCAAACAGGGAAUCUGCAAGGAGAUCAAGGAUGAGGAAACAGAAACACCUUGAUGAUCUGACGGCUCAGGUGGCCAAGCUCACAAAGGACAACAAUGAGAUCAAAACAAACAUCGACAUCACCGCCAAGCAUUUCCUGACCAUUGAGUCUGAGAACUCCAUUCUCAGAGCUCAAGUGGGUGAGCUUAGUCACAGACUUCAGUCUUUGGAUGAGAUUAUCAGGUUCUUGAAUGCAAACACGUAUAAUGAUGUCUUUGGAUCAGCUGGUGGUGCAGAUUAUUCAACAACAAGCAGUGGCACAAGUAGCUUCAAUGAGCCAAUUGUUGACAGCUUCUUCAACCCAUUGAAUCUGUCAUAUUUGAAUCAGCCUAUUGUGGCUUCUGCUGAAUUGUUUCAGUGUUAGUAUCUCCAUGGAAUUAUUCUAGGAUUUUGAGAUUUUUUUUUUCUUUUUACUUUUUAGAGUAAUCAUGGAGAGGGAGAGAGACAGAGAGAGAGACAAGGGUAUUUUUUGUGAAAUUAUAGCUUUAAUGGGGGUGUUUUAAGAAAAAUAAGGAAUUGUUAUAACAAUUUCUAGAGAGUACUUUAUGUGGUUAAUUUUUAAUAUUGGGGUCUUGGUUUGUAAAAAUUAGGACUGUUACAAAAUAUGGGAUUGAGCAGUAAUAUUAUUUUUAAUGUAGCUCUUUGUCUCUAUGUGGUAGUUGUCUUAAUGUGUAAUAAUAAUAUUGGCUAAAGUUUUUCUUAAUUAA